ACGCAAGAGACCCAACAUUUACGACCCACACCGAUUAGGCCCGUUCUUUUCGCGGCCCAUUUGAGAGAGACGCUCACCACUCACGCGGCACACCGCACACGCUGGUCCUAAUUCUGACCGUUGCAACUCCAAAAUCCAAAUCUGCCGCCCGGUUUCAUAGCCACCUCCAACGUCUCCUUCGCCGGCGCUCAUCCCCCCUACACAUCCCCCUCCCCGUUCUUCUCCAAGGCUUCAAACUCGCAGAGAUUCGCAGUCUGCACUACGUCUCCUUGACCUCAGCAGCGGCCACACAGCCACGCGCACCGAGAGAAGAGAGAUUCCCCACGGCAUGGCGGCGGCGGACGGGGACGCCUUGAUCGCGGCGUUUGCGGUGUCCAAGGGCGGCAUCGUGCUCAAGCACAUUUUCCUCAACGCACCACCGCCGGAGGCGAUGUGCGGGUCCGGCGGAAGAGAAGUGGAGAGUGAUGAGGAGGACCCGCCGGUGAUGGUGGGUCGGCACCCCGACUGCCACGUGCUCGUCGACCACCCCAGCGUCAGCCGCUUCCACCUCGAGCUACGGUGCCGACGUCGACAGAGUCUCAUCACCGUCACCGACCUCCACUCCGUGCACGGGACAUGGGUUUCGGGGCGACGGAUCCCACCCAACACGCCAGUGGAUCUCGCUACCGGUGACACGCUGCGGCUCGGGGCCUCUAAGAGGGAGUAUAAGCUGCUCUGGCUGUCGCUUCGUGAGGCAUUUGAGAUGGACGAUCUGAUGUAUAUGCCAUCGCUGCCUGAGGAGGACAAAGAGGAGCCAUAUGUUAAGGAACCAAGCAGCAAGUUAUUGCCUGGGCACAGGGAUUCAGUGAACAUGGAGACCCAUCAGGAUACAAGUGAACAAAUUGUGUCUGAAGACAUUGCAUUUCCAGCCAAAGUGGCCCCCUCAGCACCUCCAUUGUCUGAGUUCCUUCAACCUUUUUUUGUGGAAGAGCAUUCACUUUCCCAAUUUCAUGAGAAAAGAAACGGAGUGACAGAGGAAAAGUUGGUCGACAAGAAUCAAAUUUCAGAAUCUUUUGGUUCGUUGAUCAUACAGGAAAUGCCAGGCACACUGACAAAUGCUGGAAAAUCAAUCCAGUCAGGCGAGCAGGAGGAUGCCUCAAACAAAGUGUCCAAGAGGUCCAAGUUGAAGUCAGUCAAAUCACUUCGUGUUGACACAGGCAGGAGCAGCGAGAGAAGCAGCACUCUGAGCCAUAGCUUUCAGAAGGGAGACCAAAAUGAUAUUGUUGUAUGUUCUCAGAGCUGUGGGACAGAAUGUGCGGUAUGUAUAGCUUUAUUUGGUAUUUCUGAAAUUGAAAAGGCUGAAGAAAAGGAAGAGUUGAUUGCUGAAGAUAACGUUGACAUGAAUCCCCCGGCCAGCAUGAUCAUGGAGGGAAAUAUGAACGAGAGAAAACCUGAUAAUUAUAUCCCACAAGAUCCAAUUGGUGCAAAGCUGCAGAAGAAACUAGGCUUAUUAGAUUCUGCUCUCCCUUUGCAUUUCAAAGAUGAUGUGUUCGCCGACAAGGAAAUUCCACAAUGGAAUGUUGCUAGUGUUCAUACAGAAUCUGAGCUUCUUUCAGAAUAUCUUAUAAUACCAGAAGUGAAGCACGAUGACUUGAACCAUCUUAACUUGGAGGAAGGUCUCUCAAAAAGCGAGAAUAUAAACCCAAAUAAGAUUACUGAGGGCCCUGGGAACUGUCAGCUCGAAGGGACCAUUCGUGGGAAUCUAUUUGACAAUUUGGAUACUGAUGGAAUUGAAGAAGGUGAAGAGAUCUGCCCACUGGACAAGGAUGAAAUCACCCCCAAUGGAUCAGGUAACAUAAUAAUGGAGAGGAGCAAUAUAGUUUUAAAGCCUACCAUUUCCCAACAGUUGAUGGAUUCUAUUUCCCCUCUCAAUUUAGAUCAUGGCGACUUUUCUGAAAAUGAGAACUCCAUGCUGAACACUGGAGAUCAGAUGAAAUUAAAUGAACCUGUCUCUGAGAAUCUUAACCCAUUAAUUCCAACUGAUGAAAAAUAUCUGAAGAGCCAAACGGAGGAGUGUAUGCCCAUUUCAUAUCUGGAAUUCAAAGAUGAUAUCCUUCUGGAUAGGGAAAACUCAGUGCUGGCUCCGAGAAAGUACGAGGCUAUGUCCCCUGUGAGGCAGGAAAAUCUGUUCUCAGACAAAGAGAACGUGACUCCUGCCUCUAAGGUGAAGACCGUUGUUAGGGGAGUUCUUGGUACAAGGAUGGAUAAUUCAGUGUCAGCAGCAAAUGCUUCAAAUAAGAAUAAAGUUCUUGGGUCAAGGGUCGAUAAUUCAGUGUCAACAGAGAAUAGCUCAAAUAAGAAGCAAUGUGAAUUAUCAUCGAAGUCCAAAAAAGUCCACACAGUAGAUUUUGAUGUUUUCUAUUCGGAUAAGGAGAACUUGACUCCUAUAUCUUCAGGAGGCAUGAAAGCAAGGAAGUGUUUUCCCAAGGACCUCUCAGUCGACUUAGACCAAGAUCAGGAAGCAUUCUGCUCAGACAAGGAGAACUUGACACCACUAUCUUCUGCAGCUCGGAAAACAAGGGACAUGUCUGGAAACCUUACACGAGUUGAAAGUGCGGUCACAAAGAAAAGGGUUGUUGGUAGGCUCCCCUUCCAGACUCUUGUGUCAAAUUCUCCUUUGAGACCUGCUAGCUCGCAUGAUUGUACCUGUGCUGUUGCUAGACCAGCUGGCGUUGCUGCUGGUGACUUGGCGAUCAAGUUAGAAGAUAAAUUGAACGAUCUCUCAUGUAAUGGCCACGAAUCAGGUAGUGCUGGAGAAGGCAUGAAAACCUGGACCAUGGUGGCUAAUACAGACAGUCUUCUUGAUGACGAGUCUAGGAAGGCUAUUAUGCUGCUAAAAGGCUUAAAAGGAACUCGCCUGUUCAUACCAAGGAUUGUGAUCAGGGAGUUGGAUUCCAUGAAGCAGCGGGAGGGCCUGUUCAGACGGUCAACGAAGGCGACCUCCAUCCUGCAAUGGAUCGAGGAGUGCAUGGCAAGGGAGAGCUGGUGGAUCCACGUCCAGAGCUCGGCCGACAUGUUCCCGGUAGCACCAACCCCGCCCGCGACCCCUUCAGCGCAGCGCAUCGACGAGGAGAUCGAGAUCAGCUCCGGCUCCUUCAACCCGAUGAUGGCGUUGUUCGGCCCUCGAAGCUCCGCCGCGCUCGCGGAUAUGAUAUCUCCCAGACCCGAGGACCGCGUCCUCGACUGCGCCCUCCUCGUCAGUAGGGUCCGGAGCAACGAGAAGGUCGUGGUGCUGUCAAACAGCGUCACGCUCAAGAUCAAAGCCAUGGCAGAGGUUAGUACGGUAACCACCCAAACCCAACCCUGCCUGCUUGCUGUGUGCGUUCGAACUGAACCUGGUUGUGUUGCGUUGCCCGCGGCGCAGGGCCUGCCAUGCGAGGGAGCCAAGGAGUUCCGCGAGUCCCUCGUGGACCCGUCCUCCAGGCGGUUCAUGUGGGCGGCCAGCGCCCCACGGGGGUCGGCCUGGUCCUGCCUGGACGCGUCCGCGCUGGCGGAGAACUACUACAACAGCCGCCACCACGCUAUGAAGCGGAGGGUUCUGGUGGCGGCGAGGCCCUCCGAGUCCGAGGCCGCCAAGGGCCUGAAGCUGAUCCUGCGUCACAAUUCCCUGUACGCGCAGGCCACGGACGCCGUCAACAAGACGCCGCUGGUAUCGCUGGCCGCGGUGUGAGAUCCCCCGCCCUCGGUUCUUGUUUUGGCGUGUUGUUGUCAUGAUUUCCAUGCCGAGCGAAACUGUGGGCCGUGUGCAGACUUUGAACAGGACACCGUCAGUGGUUUCGUUUUGGGCCAUCAUGAGUUUUUGAGUUUGUGCCUUUAUUAGCUAGCGCAGCGACCGACUAGUGGGUGAGCAGGAAGCUCCCGAGGGCAGGCAGUGUCUUUGACUCUGUCUUGUGGACGUAUUCUACACACAUCUCUCGACUGAGAUACGAAUGUUUUUUUUCUUCAAAUAUGUAGCUGGCGACGAGCAGAAGAAAGAUUAGUGCGUGCACAAAGUUGAUUAGAA